UUCUGGUUGACCUCCGUUAACUGACUCCCAUAUCGCCAUCUCUCUCGUCACCAGCAAAGUCCACCAUUUCAUCUCACUGACCAGAAGUGUCGUAAUUCUGGGUCUCCAAUCCAUCUGUCAUACUGUUUGGCCAUCUGUGCAGGAGGGCUGCUAGAUGCAUUGAUCUGGACGCUUUGCGGAAGCAGCUUUGGGAGGUCAGGUGUUUGCUACUGGGAUUUCAGGCCUAGAGAUUCCAUUGACUGACUGAUUGAAUACCUUCCCAUCCUUCUUUCCCUCACUCUGUCCCACCCACUCUUUCACUGCCUUGCUUCUUUCCGCUCUCUCGCCUACCUUGCCUACCUCACCACCUCGCUGGUCUAAUAUCGUUUGAAACUUUUUCAAGCACUACAUUUCGGAGAGGUGUUUUUUUUUUCCCCAAACUUCGACAGAAGUUCUUUAAGUCAUCUUCACAUCAACCUUAGCGACCCAAAAUUCAAUUUUGGCUGGGGUUUGCUUUUUUUUAUCAAAGGAAAGGGCAAGGAAACAUAUCCGUCCUCAGUUCGUGUUUACUUCAAGUAAAGCAAUUGGGCACCUUCCCACUACCGACACCGUCGCAGAGACCACUUCCUACAUAUCUACAGCACCCAUACUAAAAUGGCGUACAACGACGAUGCUGUGCUGGCAAAGCUAUCGGCCCUCAAUGAGAGCCAUGACAGCAUUGCGACUGCUGCGCAAUGGAUCAUGUUCCAUAAGAGACAUGCAGAUCGCACAGUUGCCCUAUGGAUGCAGCGUCUUCGAGACUCAUCAAGCACCAAGAGACUAAGCUUGGUCUAUCUUGCAAAUGAGGUCACCCAGCAAUCAAAGGCUCGGCACAAGGACGACUUCCUUGUGGCCUUUUCUCCUGUCAUCGCUGAGGCGACAGCUUUAGCCUACAAGGGAGCGCCGGCUGAGAUCCAGAACAAGCUCAGAAGGGUCAUCGACGUCUGGAAAGACCGCUUCAUUUUCGAGCCGCCGGUUCAACAGGCCAUCGAACGUGGCAUUGAUGAACUCGACAAGGCUCGCGGAACCGCCAAGGCAAACUUCGCUAGUCCCGGAAUUGGCGGUGGUGGUCCUUCCGUUCCCGCAGAGCUCACUCCGCUCGUCACCUCCUAUACCAAUGUAUCGAAGCUUAACCUGCCUACUAAGACGGCUGUGAGCACCGCCAACCAGGAUUUUGAAAAGGUUACCGACCCCUCGACACCUGUCCCAUCGGCCCCCGUCUACGCGGCAAGACUUAAUGGUCUCUUGAAGAGUUUGGCGAGUGCUGAGGGCGCUGUGGCAGAAUGCGUUAAGGCCCGAAAGGGCCUCAUUGGCGAGUUGGAGAAGAUGCUCAGCGCAAGCCAGGAGGCACUCGCAAACGACGAGAGGCAGCAUGCCGACCUGAUGUCACGUAAGGCAGAGACGGAGGAGAAGAGACGUGAGAUUGAGCAAGCCAUUAUGCGCGGACUGCCGACUCACGAGGCUUCGCAAUCCCCUGGCAACGGAGCAUCCAAGACCCCUGAGCCUGAGAGACCAGAAGUCGAGGCGCUUACACCUCCCCCCGUGGAGGCCUUCACGCCGCCGUCUGUAGAGGCGCUCACCCCUCCCCCUGUCCAUGAUGAGCCGCCUGUUCCUCACCAUGCAGAAGAGGAUCGCGCUCGCUCAGCAUCGAGCCAGGGUUUCCAGCCUCCAGCAGCUUCGGGCAUUGAGAUGCUGUCAGCCCUUGCCUCGCAGUACCAAUCUAUCCCUGUCUCGGCAAACGGCGCGAAGAAGAGACGCCGAAUCGACGGAGACGAGUUCCCUGACCUCGGAGGUGACGAUGGAAUCGAUGCCGAUGUAGCAGAAAUGCUGCGUAAGGAAAGCAAUGGCAGCGCGUGAAUAACCAGUAGAAUGCGCCACCCCGACUACUCGUUAUGCCACAGAUACGAUAUUAAGAGGUUUUGGGCAAACAUGGGCAUGUAGUAUUAUACUAGAGAGCACACAGCAGGCGUCAUUAGUUCUCGCGACCAGCUACAAAGAUUGGUCGAACACCCGAGGGCUCACUAUGGGACAGAACCUGGGCAGUUGUGCUCUGAGUCCUAAUUCGAAGCAGGCAACAACCUUUUAGGUACUGGCCAUCCUUGGGAACAUGGUUUGAGGUGGAAAUCAGAAGAGUCGAGGCCAAUCGCCAGCUCAUGUUUUUAUAGUAUGUAAGAAACCAAGAAGCUAGGAAUCACAACAAAACAGG